AGUCCGAAAAAUGGUUCAGUCCUGGAGGUUAGCGGAAGUUGUUUCAGCUGCCAUGUUUGCUUGCUUUGUUGUAGGCUUCCACUAGCUUUCCUACAGAAUCACUAAGUGUGGAAAUGGAGGCGAGCUGGAGUACGUUUCUCUUCCAACAGGCAAAUGAAGCCCUCCACCACCAGCACCAGGUGGCCCAGAAUAGCCUGCUGCCACUUCUUAAUGCUGGAGCAGAGCAAGUGGACCAGAAACCUGUCCUGCCUAUCCAAAUAGACCAGAAACCACCUGUCAGUGCUGCUGAACUCCUGAAAGACAAUGUGGCCAGCGGAGGAGGUCAGAGACCUCCGGUGCCUGUGAUAAAGAAGGAACACAAAGGCAAAACGCCUUUCGUCUGCGGUUACUGUAACAAGGCCUUUCGAGACAGCUACCACCUGAGACGCCAUGAGUCCAGCCACACCGGCAUCAAGAUGGUCUCGCGUCCGAAGAAGACGGCCCAAACGGCUCCUACCAUGGUACCCAUGAUCGCCUCAAUGCCGCGAGAGAACAACGGUAACGCCUCCUACAUUUCUACGGUAGCAGGCAUCCUGUCCACGGCGACCACCUCGGUGUCUUCGGGCACCAGCAUCAUGACGUCGUCCCCAAUGGGCAACGUCCAGCAGCAAAACGUCCCCAAGAAACCUCCCAAGCCCGUCAAGAAAAACCACGGCUGCGAGAUGUGCGGCAAGGCCUUCCGUGAUGUCUACCACCUGAAUCGCCACAAGCUGUCCCAUUCAGACGAGAAGCCGUUCGAGUGUCCCAUCUGCCACCAACGCUUUAAAAGGAAGGAUCGGAUGACUUACCAUGUUCGUUCCCAUGAUGGAGGCGUCCACAAGCCUUAUGUGUGCUCCGUUUGUGGAAAAGGCUUUUCCAGGCCAGACCACUUGAGCUGCCACGUGAAGCAUGUGCACUCUUCAGAAAGACCAUUUAAAUGUCAAGUAACGGCCUGUACCUCUGCUUUCGCCACCAAAGACAGACUCCGCUCCCACAUGAUCCGACAUGAAGGCAAGGUCACCUGUAGCAUCUGUGGGAAGAUGCUCAGUGCAGCCUACAUCACCAGUCAUUUGAAGACUCACGGACAGACCAACUUUAACUCCUGUAACAAAGAAGGUAAUGAAGUCUGCAACUCUGCCUCAGCGACCCCCGUGUCCGUCUCUGCCCCCAUCACCUCAGCAAUGAAUCGGGGCAACGUCAACAACAACCCUGUCACCAUAGCAGCACAAAUGAACAUUAGCACCAACACGGUCAACAUCACGUCUCCUGUCAGCCUCCAGCACCCGGUCACCAUCACCGGACCCGUCAACAUCGCCUCUGUGAACAUCCCCGCCACGGCACCCAUGAAUAUCGCCCACCCGGUCGCAAUAACCACCCCCAUGCCCAUGAAUAUAGCCGGCCCACUAAACAUCGCCAUGAGGCCAGUCGAUAGCAUGCCUUUCCUGUCCCAAGUCUUGCCUUCUUCCCCACCUUGGUAAAGAAAAAGAAAAGAAGAAAAACAAAGAAAAAGAUAGACGUCACCAUCUAACUGGCCAGAAAGAAAGGGAAAAUGAAGUGAAAAGAGACUCCUGUCCUCACUUUAACAGCUCCCCCCUCACCACCACCUCACCCCUCGUGCGUCCGCUUCCUGGAGCUUUGAAGUGAAGCCGUUCCCCCCCCGAGCUGCGAGGCCAGUAGGAGCUCCCCCAAGUCCUGUGUCCCAUCUGACGUUUAGCGACCGGGUCGUGAUGCAGAGCAGUUUAGUAGAACUUCGAGUAGGAUUUAAUCUUGAAAUCAAGACAGCCGUAAGACUUAGCGUAGGCAGUUAGAAAGAAGAAACUGUGAUUCGUAUCAAGAGGACGAAAAAUACAUGUGCUUUUGUAGGGGAGAUGUGAAUUGGACUGAAGCAAUAACUAUGAAUUGCUGUUUCUGAUGUUUUACAAGCGCUCUCUCUCUCUCCCUAAGCCUCUGGGCGUUACUUUGUAUGUAGUUUUUUUCUUUUGUUUUGUUUUUUAUAACUAUAGCCUGCUAAUCACUAUUUAAUGUUAUAGGAAAUGAGUCUAGUAAAAGGGACAGCUGCUUCCACUUGCAUGGAAGACUAUUUUUUCACAUAUAGCGUUUCUUUCUCUCUGAAAUAGUAGGUAUGCUCUUGAGGUACAGUGACUAACUUGUACAGUUGACAUAGUAAUGUAUUUUUCAUGACUGCUUUUUGUUUUUGUCAAUCAGGUGGACAUAUGGACACUGUUCACGUGACUGAGAUAUUUUUACUUUGUUUUUCUAUUUAUAUGGAAACAAAGGAUUUUAUUUUCAUUUUUUUGUUUUAUUUUUUUAUUUUUUUUUACUUUUUUGUGAUAAUUUUUUCCAUGAAGUCAGAAUGAAAUGAGUCUUGCACUGAAGGCAUAUCCUACAUGCAGGUGAACAGCAGUAUUAUCAAAGAUCAGAGUCUUAAGUGUUUUGGUUAGCCAGCCUACACUUGAGUGCCCUCUAGUGGCAGAGUAUGUAAAUCCUGGACUUGUAGUGAAGCUUCUCAGCUUGCAAUCGGCAUCUUAAAGGUGGCUGAAAUAGUUUUAGUAGACACCUUGUUACACUGUUUUAUUCUUCCAAUUGUUUAUCGUUGCUCUGUUACAGCCCCAAGGUUAAAUAAACUAUUGAACCAUCACUCAGGAAACAGGAAAAAAACAAAUCAUGAACUACUUUGGAUUUCUGGAGUUUUCCAAGCUCCUGAAAACAUUUACUAUUGCUUCACUAAAUUACACUAACCAGUAAAGUCCAGAGGUUCCUGAUUUUUAAACAGCCGUCCAUUUGAAUCGAUUAUUUACUGUAAAAUGACAUGAAUGCUGUACAUCUUUGACGUACUCGGGCAAGUCUCAGUUUGCACAGGUAUGUGGCUGAGAACUGUGUGAGUUUGAUACAGAACAUGAUUUUUUUUUUGUGUCCAUUUAAAAGAAAAUGGGACGAGGUUGAUGUUGCAUGACCCCUGAAACACUGUAGCUGUUGAACAUGAACUAUUUUUUUAACGAAUGCCAUGUUGUCUCAGCAGUGUUGCAGCUCUUUGAGUUGAUUCAGUUUAUACAGAGAAAUGCAAUAUGCAUGUAUGUCUUUUUUUUUUCCCAGUUUUUUUUUUUUUUUU